AUGUGUUUCUAAUUCUCUGUAUACUUUGCCGUUAAGUGAUGUGCAGCGUUUUUCAAUGUUUGAGUCUUGCGAAGAAAGUGCGUAGGUUCUUACUAGUCGACAUCGGUCACUAUGACAGCCCAAGGCAUCCGGGACAGGACGGCACGUUUCUCGUGUUCAAAAUGUUUUUCCCACCUCUAGAAGCUGCUAGAGAGAUCGUCGUGGUCCCAAACCAUCUGAAAGUCUCGUCCCAUAAUGCUAGGGUGUCGACCUCGAGCGGCUUGACGGCUGCCACGCACGUCGCUCCACGCAAGUUUCUAAGUCUCUUUCUGGCAAUUCACCAAAAACGUUGGACGUGCUUCAUUUUGCAAUCCAAGUGCUGUGACAAAGCUGAAGUCGGCGAGCUUCCAAAAGUCCUAGCGUGUUAUAGUAAACAAAGGUGCUAGAAG